AUGACUGAUGGAGACUAUGAUUAUCUGAUCAAACUCCUGGCCCUUGGAGACUCUGGGGUUGGAAAAACAACGUUCCUGUACAGAUACACGGACAACAAGUUUAAUCCAAAAUUCAUCACGACAGUAGGGAUAGAUUUUCGGGAAAAACGAGUGGUAUACAACAGCAGAGGACCAAAUGGAUCUCCAGGAAAAGCUUUCAAAGUACAUCUCCAGCUUUGGGACACAGCCGGUCAGGAAAGAUUUCGAAGUCUCACCACAGCGUUUUUCAGAGAUGCUAUGGGCUUUUUACUAAUGUUUGAUCUCACCAGUCAACAGAGCUUCUUAAAUGUCAGAAAUUGGAUGAGUCAGCUGCAAGCCAAUGCAUAUUGUGAGAAUCCAGAUAUAGUCUUAAUUGGUAAUAAAGCUGAUCUAUCAGACCAAAGGGAGGUAAACGAAAGGCAAGCAAAAGAUCUGGCAGACAAAUAUGGCAUACCCUACUUCGAAACAAGUGCUGCUACUGGACAGAAUGUGGAGAAGGCUGUGGACACGCUUCUGGACUUGAUAAUGAAGCGUAUGGAGCAGUGCGUGGACAAGACGCAGGUCGCCGACACAGCCAACGGAGGAAGCUCGGGAAAGCUAGAUUCGACAAAACCGGAGGAGAAAAAAUGUGCCUGCUAA